AUGCUAUUGUUUCCUGGUUUGAAGCCUGUUCUUAAUGCUUCCACUGUCAUAGUAAAUCCUGUACGAGCUGUUUUUCCAAGACUAGCAUUUUCAACCAAAAGAUCCUUUCAUAACAUUAAUCGUCUGAAUGUUGAGAACGAAGUUAACGAUAUCGCAAAUAAGCCAAAAGAAGCAUCCCCUUCAGAGCAGAUGUAUAAGCCUCCAGAGUUCUCCCAAUUUGAAGGCUCUUAUCAAAAAGACUAUGAGAGAAUAGCGAAAUAUACCUUGAUUCCACUAACAAUGGUGCCUUUUUAUGCAUCCUUUACCGGUGGAGUCAUAAAUCCUUUGCUGGAUGCUUCUUUAUCCUCCGUUUUUCUAAUAUAUUUACAGUAUGGUUUCACAAGCUGUAUUAUUGAUUAUAUACCGAAGGAGAAGUAUCCAAGAUGGCAUAAAUUGGCUCUUUAUAGUCUUUAUGGAGGAUCUAUGUUGUCCUUGUACGGCAUCUACGAAUUGGAAACAAAAGAUAAUGGUUUUGUUGACCUGAUAAGGAAGCUUUGGAAUGAAAACGAUGACCAUCUGUAUAUAUUCGGAAGAAAUUGA